AUGGAUAUUCAUGUUCUUCAAAGCCAGCCCGCCCAGAAGGUCGCGUUUAAAGACUCUUCCACGGUUCGUGUGGGUAAUAAACUUGUUCGCAAUAAGCCCCCCACCCAGCCCUCUGCUAUGCGACCCAGGCGUAAUUCAAACGCUGUAAAAAGUAAUGUACAGACUGCAAGUGAAGCGGGAGUUGUUGCUCCACCCGCCCAGCCCACGAGUUGUCAUUUGGUCCGCGGCGGGUUCCAGCCGCGCCUUCCGACUUCGCUGCCGCCACCAGGGCAGCAGCAGCAGCCGUCGCCGCUACCACGCCGACAGCCCGUCCCGUUGAUGCCUCCCGCGCAGCUUCAUCCGGGAGCGCCCCAGGUGGUCGCUCCGGCGCCUGCGGUCCCUCUUCAGUCGCCACCGCCUUCGGAGCUGAUGGACGCCGACCCCUCAGCCGGGCCGCCAUCCCAAGCGGUGGCUGUGCAGCCUGUCCUGCAGCCGCUUUUCUUGGGCACCCCCAAGGAUAAGGGGCCGUGCCAGCAGCAGCAGGCAGAGUUCAGCGCCGCCAGCAGCAUACUUGGCAUACCUUCGCCCGUGUGA